UCCGGAUACGCACCACUGCUACACCACAAAGCACAGCUCGUGCAGAAAAAGCAGCAGAGAACAAAUUCAGGAAUAAAGAGACCAUGUCUGAUGAAAGGACUUUUAUAAUGCUCAAACCUGAUGCUGUCCACCGUGGACUUAUUGCCGACAUUAUCAAACGAUUUGAGCAGAAAGGGUUCAAGCUAGUAGCAAUGAAAUUCAUGAUUGCCUCAGAAGAUCUUUUAAAGAAGCAUUAUGCUGAUCUAAGUUCAAAACCCUUUUUUUCUGGUCUUGUGAAGAAUAUGGCAUCUGGCCCUGUUGUUCCUAUGGUGUGGGAAGGAAAAGGUGUUGUCAAAACUGGCCGUGUCAUGUUAGGAGAGACUAAUCCGGUUGAUUCAAAACCAGGUUCAAUCAGAGGUGACUAUUGCAUUGACAUUGGAAGGAAUAUCUGUCAUGGAAGCGAUUCAGUUGAGUCGGCUCAGAAAGAGAUAAAGCUAUGGUUUAAGGAUGAGGAGCUCGUGAAUUGGAAGCCAUGUUGUUAUCCAUGGAUCUAUGAAUAGGAUGGGCUGAUAUUGUUCAUGAAUGACUGAAUCAAUUGAUGUUAAUACUCCUAGUUUUUGAUUUCAGUGAAUGAAUAAUUUAA